AUGACUGUGGCCUCAAAGGCAGCCGAGGAGGAGCAGCGCGCCCUGGUCGACCGACUGGAGCAGCACCUGCGCCACUUCCAGCGGCAGCUGCGCUGGCGCGGCGGUACGCGGCCCCGAGGUGUCAACGCGAACGUCUGCCGCGUGGUGGGGCCCAGCUACCUCGCUGACAAAGGUCAGCCGGAAAAAGAGAGCAAGCAGCAAGCGUUUGCAUAUGCAGAGCUUUGGCACCAACGUCAAGGUGCGUCAGAGCCCGAACAGCUGGAACCUCUUUGCCGCGGGCCGCGCCGGCGCCGCGCAGAGGAGGCCUUGAAAGAUCUUCGGGCAUUGCAGGCACCUGCUCGGGUCGUGCCAGUUUCGUUUGUCCACGUUCUUGCGGAUCUCAACAAGCAGCAUUCGAAUCAGGUGGCACAGUCGGCCGGCGGCAAUGCAGCCGCAAAGGCAGAAGCCCGCAAGCUUUUCGAGGACGCCAUGCGCAACCAGCUGAGAUGGGCGGGGUGGCGGCGGACCCUGGCAGCUUCUGAAAUUGUGGAUGAUGCCUGGAGGCAUUUGUUCGAAGGCAGUAGAUCGGUGGCACUGGAUAUGAACAUGGCCACUCAGGGCACCAAGUCUGACAGCCCUGCUGUUUUGACCAUUGAUAGAUGCUGGGCCAAAGGAUUCUCGCAAGACGUGGAGGAAGAGGUGGCGACGAAGCGCAGCGUGGGACAAGAGAUGCAUGUUCGGACCGCAGCUGCUGUGUGGUUCCAGAGUUUUAAUCGGUUUAGUGACAAUCACCGGAGUAUCGACGAAGAGAUGUCGGCUGCAUCCUCAGUGAGUGGUUUGCAUUCCCAGGCAGAGGACAAUCCACAUCUGAUGGUGCAGUGUGUUGGCGCCAUCAUCAUGUUCUUCGCUGCCCGCAUGUGCCACAUAGCCUUCGUGAGUUCCAUUGAUGUGUGGUACUCUUCCCCCACCAACAGGCACAAGUACAUCCGAGCCUUCAAGGACCAAUUCCGUGAAACUGGAAAGCCGGACUAUACAGCCUUCAUGAAGACUCAUCCUGAGACAAUCUCGGAAACCUUCGGAGAUGAGGGCACGUCUGAGGGCCAGAUGGUGAAGGCGAUUGUCCUUCCCAGCUGCAUCAUUAUGGCAAUUGGUGGGAUCAUGAUGCGCUGUGGCGGCUCCUCUAUGUGGGGAUACGCCUUCCAUGCAGCACGCGGGCUGCUAACCCCUUUUGGCCUUCUAAUGGUGCUCCAGACGCCAGUGGUCAGUGGAGCCACCGGGGGAAACAAGAUCCGCUUGCCAGACCAGCCUGAAGCUAUGGCGCGUGUUCUGAGUGUGUUUUGCGCAGCAUCGGUCCAGCUGUGUGCUGCCAACGAGAUCUUGCUCGCAUCUUUCGAUGGCGCCAAGGGCAGUACCCACCAGUGGCGCCAAAUGAACGAUCCCGUGAUGGGAGGGAAGUCAACCGGUGCUUUCAGUGUGGCUGACAACAAGGGCGUCUUUAGUGGCGAGGUAGUGGACGUACCCUUCUUGAAGGCACCAGGCUUCAUUAAGGCCUCAGUUGUCGACAUGAACCCGUUUGGCCGCAUCUUCCCAGACAUCUCCACUUGCAAGAACAUUGCUCUGACUGUGAAGUCCGCGAACGACUACAAGGGAUUUCGUUUCUCUAUCGGAAACGCACAUGCUCCUGGUGGAAAGUUCUUUGCAUAUGGAUACAAGUCCGACUUCAAC